AUGUCUGGAUCAGAAUGGAUGAAAUGUAGUAACACAACUAUUAGGGUUGGACCUCAAUACCAAGCUGUAAUACCGGAUCUAAUCUCAGGCGUAGGAAAAGAUCACAGGCAAACAGAUAAUGUAAAACCAAGGAAUAUUAACUCUGAUAAAAGGAAUUUACAAUGUACAGAUAAUUAUGAGAGUCUACCUCAUAAAGAUGAAAAAAGGUCUAUAUCUUCGACAAAUAUACGGAUUAUAAAGCUAAAGACACGUUCAAAUAGUGACAAGGAUUAUAAUGAACAGAAAGUGACUAAUAAAUGUACUAAGAUGAAUAAAAAUGAGGUAAGCGAAUAA